AUGCUCAAUGCUGUUGCGCUGAUAUCUUUUCUUCUCUCGGGAAAUGGCAACCUCUUUAAACGAGAUGCAUGCGAUGGCACUGACGCUAUGCUAAUUCUCUACCACGAUUACCUGAAUGAUGUUUGCCCACAAAAGUACGAAGUGAAUUCAAAGGGGGUCUGUGACCAUAUAAAUGCGGAAAACUGGUGUGUUGCGUAUUGUCAACAGUCAACCCGUUUUGUUUAUUGA